AUGUCCAGCACCUCUAAGAAGCAUAGGAACUUUGUCGCAGAGCCAAUAAGAGGCAAGCGAGUAACCGAGUUGCCGGGCAUUGGAGAAACGUUGGGCGAAAGACUCUCAGGACGAGGAUACAACACAGCUGACAAAGUUUUAGGUCAAUAUUUGGUGAUGGACAGGGAUAGACGAUCAUUUGAAAGAUUUUUAAGGAAGAAUUGCAAUGCCAAUUCUAAACAAGUGUCCGAUUGUUACAAUGGGUUGGAUACCUGGAGCAAGGAGUUUUUGUAA